CUCUUUCCUAGGUGAGAGAGUGCAAGGUAGUCAGAAGGCUGGGGCCUGUCUGAAAGCUAUUAUUGGAGGGGUGGGGGUGGCAUGCCAAUCUAGCCCACUUGCAUUAUUGCCCCCUUCAUCCCACCCCAUCUCCCUGCUUCUUACCAACCUCCCCCCACCCCCAACAAGUCCUAAAUCCCAGUAACAACCCACACCCGGAGUACCAGUUUAAGGGGGUUCAGAGGCGACACGAGAAUAUAAAGUCCACCUGCCUCCUAAUAAUAUAUUAACUUCAAAAAAACCAAAGAGCAUCAUUAGUACCUUAAAGGCGUACUUCUCAGGUUUCCCCUUCUCUUAGGGGAGAUGUGCGCUACGGAAAGCCGCCGGGCAAGCGCAGGCCAAGGUAUUGGGGCCGGACUCGCGCCCCCUCUGGCGGCCACGCGAGGCCCUUGAUGGCUGGGGACGCGACUUCCCCGCCCCCUCCAACAGGAGCCAAUGGGAGCCCAAGGCCCCGCCCUCUAAGCCCUCGCCUCGGGAGCGUAUUUAGAAGCCAAGUGCUCAGGAAAGCUCUCGGAGAGAGCUGGGGAAGCCCGAGAAGGGAGUGGUGAGUGGAGCGCGGCUCUACUUCUCAACCGGGAACCGGGGAGAGAGUGCGGCCCCACAUCUUGCCUUCUCGGCCGUCGGGCAUUCAGCGCCACGCACGUCGAGCUACAGCAGAAGUGGGUGAGUCCCGGAGCCGCGCCCGGCACAGAGCUGCCCUGUCCUACCCGUGGCAGUCGCCGCCAUGGCCUGGCUGGUGGCGCUGGGCGCACUGCUGUGCAUGCUGCGCGUCGGGUUUGGCACCCUGGACUCCGAGGGCUUCCUGAUCCCGGCGCCUCAUAACUGCCCCUACAAAUGUGUGUGCGCUGCCGACCUUCUGAGCUGCGCAGGCCUUGGGCUGCAGGACGUGCCGGCCGCGUUACCUGCCGCUGCUGCAGACCUCGACCUGAGCCACAACGCACUCCAGCGCCUGCGCCCCGGCUGGUUGGCGCCCCUCUCCCGGCUGCGCGCCCUGCGCCUAGGUCACAACGAGCUGGAUAUGCUAGGUCGCGGAGUCUUCACCAAUGCCAGCGGCCUGCGGCUGCUCGAUUUAUCUUCUAACGCGCUGAGGGCGCUUGGCCGCCACGACCUCGAUGGACUGGGGGCGCUGGAGAUGCUGUUUCUGUUCAAUAACCGCCUGGCGCACUUGGACGAGCAUGCCUUCCGUGGCCUGGGCGCGCUCAGCCGGCUCUACCUGGGCUGCAACGAACUCGCGUCCUUCUCUUUCGACCACCUGCACGGUCUGGGCGCAACCCACCUACGUACUCUGGAUCUCUCCUCCAACCGCCUGGGACGCAUUCCCAUACCUGACCUGGCUGCACUGCCGGCCUUUCUCAAGAAUGGCCUUUACUUGCACAACAACCCUUUGCCCUGCGACUGCCGCCUCUAUCACCUGCUACAGCGUUGGCAUCAGCGGGGACUGACUGCUGUGAGCGACUUCGCACAUGAGUACAUGUGCCUGGCCUUCAAGGUACCCACAUCCCGCGUGCGCUUCUUUGAGCAUAGCCGCAUCUUUGAGAACUGCUCAGCUGCCCUGGCUUGGGGCCUAGAGCGGCCUGAAGAGCAGCUGCAUGUGCAGGUGGGUCGGUCGCUGAGGCUACACUGCAACACCAGUGCCCCGGCCUUGCGCAUUGCCUGGGUCUCACCACAGCAUGAACUGCUUGUGGCACCAGGCUCCCGCAACGGGAGCAUUGCAGUGUUGGCUGAUGGCAGCUUGGCCAUUGGCAACGUGCAGCCAUGGCAUGAGGGUGUCUUUGUGUGCCUGGCUACCGGGCCCCGUCUGCAUCACAACCAGACACAUGAGUACAAUGUGAGUGUGCACUUCCCACACCCUGAGCCUGAGGCUUUCAACACAGGCUUCACCACGCUGCUGGGCUGUGCCGUGGGCCUGGUGCUCGUGCUGCUCUACCUGUUUGCACCACCCUGCCCUGGCUGCCGCCGCUGCUACCAUCGCACCUGCUGCUGCUGCUGCCGCCGCUGGCCCCAAACACCCAGCCCACUCCAGGAACUGAGUGCACAUUCCUCGGUACUCAGCACCACGCCACCUGAUGCACCCAGCCGCAAGGCCAGCGUCCACAAGCAUGUGGUCUUUCUGGAGCCAGGCAGGAGGAGCCUGAAUGGUCGUGUGCAGCUGGCCAUAGCUGAGGACUUUGAUCUCUAUAAUCCCAUGGGCCUGCGGUUCAAGACUGGGUCUGAGUCCGCUAGCUCCACAGGCUCUGAGGGUCUGGUGAUGACCUAGGCUGCCCAGGGCCCCUACCCAGGCCAUUGCCUGCCUGCUGCUUACCCUGCUCUCUGCUGCUGCCCAGAAAACUGCCAGAUGCUGAUGGGAAGCACUGGGCUUGGUCCCCCAGCCUCCUGUGUGAGCCUCAACCUAAACCACAGCAGCCCCACUCACCGAUAGAGGGGUUGGGGUCCUCAUCCUCUCUCCUGUUCCACCCCAGCAAAGAACCCAAAGGACCCAGGCCAUAGAGGGCCUGCUUGUGCCUUCUUUCCUUGGGACCUCCUGGUGCCUAAAUGUCCCAUGAAGAUUGGAACCAAGGCCCACCUGGAAGAGCCCUUGGAUUAGAACCCCAGGUCCACCCUCAGGGGCUGAAGCAGCUAUCAAGGAGUGGUGAUGAAGAACUGAAGCAUAAACACCUUUCCUUUUCCAGGGGGUAGGAAGAGAGUGGGCCCACAGGGUAAGAGGAAGAGAGGCCAGAAGAAGACCUAGCCCCUACCCCCAGGGUCGAAGGAGGAAACAAGCCCUCCCUCUGGUGAAAUAGGACUCCCCAUGCCCCAACAUCCCACCUACUUCAAGCUUCACAACUCCAGGUAGAGUCUGGUGGGCAGGCAUGAAGCAGCCAAGGCCCCUUAAGAGACCCUUGGAGCCUCACCAAGCCCUGGCCAGAGUGGCCUGCUCCCUCUGGCCAGGGGCAUCAUCCACAGGCCACUGUGAGGGCAAAGCCUCUCCCAUGGGCUCACGAGACAGCAGUAAGGGGCACGAUGGCCUGUGCCCACAGCUUUUCAGCAGUAAAAAGCCUGCUAAGCAUGGCUGAGAUGGGAGGGCCGAGCCGGAACUCACUGUCCCUUGAGGGUAGAAGCCUCUUAAGGGCUGGCACUGGUCUCAGUCUAAUGGCUGAGGCAAUGCCCUGGCUUCAUAUGUAUCUCACCACUCCCACUGCAGGGAGGCAGGGAAGGGGGUCUUGGAACCCCUCCUGUGUCUGGGCUGAGCGGGGGCCAUCACAAGUGUCCUGGAUUCAGCUGUCAUGGAGUUUCUUAAUAAAGGUAGUACAUGCUCAUUGCUGGAGCCUUUGCA